AUGAUGCACAGACGGCGACCAGGUCUGGGCUUGGCUGUCUUGUCGCUCAUGUACAUGGGAGGGCUCCUGUCGACACCUUUUGUGAACGUGUCCUCGCCGGCCUCCAGUGCUGUGGCCCGACGUGCCGCGGACAAAAGGCCGCCGCCACGCGACUUGGAACCACGCCUCAGCCCGGAGGAUAAGUACGACAUGCCGCGGACGCCAGAGGAGGAGAAGAACAUGAACUAUUGGAGGAGCGACUUUGAUGAUCUUCCUGCGGAGGAGAAGCUUCAAAGCCCACUGGUGGUGCUUGGCUUCUUCCUCUUGUUGACGCCCUUUAUCGGAGGAUUUUAUACCCUCGUCAGCGGUGGUGGUUUGGACGACUGA